AAAUGUAUUAAAACAAAGACAGAAAAAAAAAAGAAAAUAUUUGUGGGUUAUGCAAGAAAUUAAAUAACACUUUAGAGAUUGCGUGUGAAUGAGGCUAAAAUACCUGAAGAGCGGUAAUAUAUAUAUUCAUCGCUAUGUAAAUGAAAGCGUUAUCUCGGUGUAGAUAAGAGUUAAAAUGUCUUCUACUAAGGUGGAUAAAAUUGUUAAAACAUAUCGAUCAUUAUCACAAAUACCUGCAUUAGCUGGAGCUAGACUUUCCAAUAAUGGUACAAUUAUUAAAUCAGUGUGGACUCAAAGAAACUUGGAUAAAGGGAAAAGUACAAAAUUUCAACGAAUGCACAUUUUGCAAAAUUUUGUGAAAAUUGCUGAGGUUCCACCAGUUGAUAUAAGCUCCGAAUUAAUGAGAAGUACAUCAAAAUCAGAAAAAUUUCAAUGUGUGGUACGAGAAAAUGAUGGGAAACAAUAUUUGGAGAUAUGGACUAGUGAUAAUUUAUCUAGAUGUGUUGAUUUAAAGGCUUUGGACAUUCAUGGAGAUAUUUACACUGAUGGUGAAUUUGGAUCUUUGGAAUUUUCCCCUGAUGAAAAGAAAGUGAUUUAUGUUGCCGAAUUAAAACCACCUAAAACUGAGCCCUUUAUAAAACGAAAAAAUCCAGAUAAACCUGAAAACAAUGGUGAUGCAUCAAAUACCAAAGAUGAAGUUAUAAAAGGUCAAGAAUAUGUAUUUCGUCAGGAUUGGGGCGAACAAUUAGUCAAUAAAAAGCAGUCUACUUUAGUCCAAUAUGAUAUUGAGUCGGAUAAAUUCGAUGUAAUCAAAGGAAUACCGGACGGAGUUUGUCCAGCAAAGCCAAUUUGGACUGAAAAUGGAAAAUCUAUUGUUGGAAUUGCUUAUAAGUCUGAACCAAGAAAAUUGGGCCUUAUUUAUUGUACAAAUAGAUUAAGUACCGUUUUUCAAAUUGAUUUUGAAGAAAAUUAUGUUGAAUUGAAUUUAGAAAAUAAGUCUAUAAAAGAACCCCGUUUAACACCAGACGGACUAACAUUAAUCUGGUUACAAAGAUCUGCAAAUGGACCACAUGCGGCAUGUAUGAGUCUUAUGAAAACUAAUUUUCCCAUCACUUCCGACUCUGCUAUUGAUAAUGUAGUUGACAUUGUUCCAAAUCAAAUUGAUAUCGAUAAUAACCGUAUUUUUUAUGGUUUAUACAAUCAAGGAUUUCCAAAUAGAUGUUGGGCUUCAAAUAGAAGAGUUUUACUUUCUACAAAUCAACAAAAUACAAUUGAUUCUUAUGUAAUUAAUAUAGAUACUGGCUGUAUUACUAAAUUAGAAGGAAAUGAUGGAAGUUUAAUAAUUUUGGAUGUUCAAGAUGAUGUUGUAUUAGCUUCAUGGAGAAAUAUACGGCAAAAAGAUAUUUUGGUUAUAGGAAAAAUCCCGGAAACUGAGGAAUUUUCAAUCAACUGGGAAGAAUUAACUGAUGUAACUGUGAUUAAUGGAUUAGAACCUUAUAAUUUUGAAUAUUUGGAUGUUGUUCAACCAGGAGAUGAUAUCAUAAGUAAGAACUCAACUGCGAUAUAUUUUGGUCCACAAUCCGCUCAAGAAAACUCAUAUCCUCUCAUAGUUUGGCCGCACGGAGGCCCUCAUAGUGCAUUUGCAAAUUAUUUCUUUUUGGAAGCCGGAUUAUUCGCUUCUUUAGGUUACGCAAUGCUUUUUAUAAACUACCGUGGAUCCAUCGGUACCGGACAAACAUCCGUCGACUUCCUUUUGGGCCGAGUUGGAAUUAGCGAUGUGGCCGAUUGCAUUUCCGCCACAGAAAAAAUUCUCGAAAAACACCAAUUUUUAAACAAAGAAAAAGUCGUUUUAAUGGGCGGAUCUCAUGGAGGAUUUUUAGUAACCCACCUCAGCGGUCAACGUCCCGAUAUGUUUAAAGCGGUCGUCGCUCGGAAUCCCGUUAUUGAUAUUGCUUCAAUGAGUGUUAUUAGCGACAUUCCCGAUUGGUGUUAUGUAGAGGCCGGUUAUGAUUAUAAUCAAAUUGGCGAGCCUGAUCAUAAGAUUUUAUUGAGAAUGAGAGAAUUAUCGCCAAUUAUGCAUGCGCAUAAAGUAAAAGCUCCAACGUUGCUACAAAUUGGUUCGAAAGAUUUAAGAGUUCCUAUGCAUCAAGCUUUGGAGUAUUAUUAUAGGUUAAAAAGUAAUGGAAUAAAAGUCAAAAUGAAUUUGUAUGAUGAUAACCAUCCUUUGGGUAAUGUUACCAAUGAAGUGGAUAAUUUAAUCAAUGGAGCAUUAUGGUUUGAAGAACACAUCAAUGGGACGUUGUAAGUGGAAACAAAGAUCAUUAUAAUAAUUUUUUAUUCUAAUAAGAUUUGAAAGAAAGUAGCAUUUAUAUCAAGUUAGUUUUAUGUUUCUUGUAAAGCAUUAAUUAAAAUUAAAUAAAAAGAAAUUAAAAAAUA